GAAGGCCCCGCGGCCGCGGCCUGGCGCGCGCCUGUUCCCGGUGCGGGGCCGGGCGGGCCAGGUGGGGAGGACAGUCCCACCAUGGACGGGCUCCGGGCGAGCGGCGGGCUGCUUCGGCGCGGGCGGCUGAGGCGCCGGCGCCCGCCGCAGCCCCACAGCGGGUCGGUCCUGGCGCUGUCGGUGCGACCCAGGAAGAUCCGCAGGCAGCUGAGGAGAAGCGUGGCGUCCCGCAUGGCCGCGCUGAGGGCCCAGGCGCUGCCCAGCGAGGACUCGGAGGACUCGAGAGUCGAGUCGACGGUCGAAGGGGCCGGAGACUCGCACCCGGACGCGGCCCGGCGAGAAGCCUACGGCCACCGGGGGGCCGGCGAGCGGCGGGAGGCCUCGCCCGCGGCCCGCGCGCUGCCCACGCCGCCGGCGCGCCUGGGGGACGCGCAGACCCAGCCCGGGCGCCUGGGGCCGCCCGCGGCGCCGCCCGCGCGCCUGGGGGAGGUGCCCGGGGCGCCGGCCCGCGUGGCGGACGCCGCGGCCCUGCUCCUGCCCGGCCCCUCGGCCGCGCUGUCGGCGCCGCCGGCGGACGGCGCGGCCGCGGAGAUGCCCUGGGACUCGCCGCUGCAGCGCGUCUUGGCCGAGCUGAACCGCGUCCCCAGCAGCCGGCGGCGGGCGGCGCGCCUCUUCGAGUGGCUCAUCGCGCCCAUGCCGCCCGAUCACUUCUACCGGCGCCUGUGGGAGCGCGAGGCGGUGCUGGUGCGGCGCCAGGACCACACCUACUACCAGGGGCUCUUCUCCACGGCCGACCUGGACUCCAUGCUGCGCACCGAGGAGGUGCAGUUCGGGCAGCACCUGGACGCCGCGCGCUACGUCAACGGGCGGCGCGAGACCCUGAACCCCCCGGGCCGCGCCCUGCCCGCCGCCGCGUGGGCCCUGUACCAGGCCGGCUGCUCCUUGCGCCUCCUUUGUCCCCAGGCCUUCUCGUCCACCGUGUGGCAGUUUCUGGCCGUGCUCCAGGAGCAGUUUGGCAGCAUGGCGGGCUCCAAUGUUUACCUCACCCCCCCCAACUCGCAGGGCUUUGCCCCCCACUACGACGACAUCGAGGCUUUCGUGCUGCAGCUGGAGGGCCGCAAACUCUGGCGCGUCUACCGGCCCCGGCACCCGGCUGAGGAGCUCGCCCUGACGUCCAGCCCCAACUUCAGCCAGGAAGACCUCGGGGAGCCCGUGCUGCAGACCGUGCUGGAGCCUGGAGAUCUGCUCUAUUUUCCUCGUGGCUUCAUCCACCAAGCCGAAUGCCAGGAUGGAGUGCACUCCCUACACCUCACCUUGUCCACAUACCAGCGCAACACCUGGGGCGACUUCCUGGAGGCCGUACUGCCCCUGGCCGUGCAGGCCGCCAUGGAAGAAAACGUGGAGUUUCGAAGGGGCCUGCCCAGAGACUUCAUGGAUUACAUGGGGGCCCAGCAUUCCGAUUCUAAGGAUCCGCGGAGAACAGCUUUCAUGGAGAAGGUGCGGGUCUUAGUUGCCCGCUUGGGACACUUUGCUCCUGUGGAUGCUGUGGCUGACCAGCGAGCCAAAGACUUCAUCCACGAUUCUCUGCCCCCUGUGUUGACGGACAGAGAGCGAGCGCUCAGUGUUUACGGGCUCCCCAUUCGCUGGGAGGCUGGAGAACCUGUAAACGUGGGCGCCCAGUUGACGACAGAGACAGAAGUGCACAUGCUCCAGGACGGUAUAGCUCGGCUGGUGGGUGAGGGAGGCCAUUUGUUUCUCUAUUACACGGUAGAAAACUCCCGUGUUUAUCAUCUGGAAGAACCCAAGUGCUUGGAGAUAUACCCACAGCAGGCCGAUGCCAUGGAACUCUUGCUUCGCUCCUAUCCAGAGUUUGUCAGAGUGGGGGACCUGCCCUGUGACAGUGUGGAGGACCAGCUGUCCUUGGCAACAAUGCUGUAUGAUAAGGGGCUGCUGCUCACUAAGAUGCCUCUGAACUGACUCGUUUCUUGUUGACUGCUGUACUCCCGUCACAUUUUGGGGGAGGCAAAAAUUCUUGUUCUUACUUGAUAACUGUCAGUGUGCUUACAUACCUUUAUGACUGCUUCAAUAUUGCAAGUAGUCUCAGUUGAUCUUCUAGGAAAUAACACUUCGCCUAGGCACAAAAGUAAAAGGCAGAAGUUGAAGUUGGAAGCAAUUUAUCCAAAUCUGGCAAGUGAAUAUUCUCAUGGUUGAUGGAAAAAAAGAGCCUGGUGUACCAGAGAGAGCACUGGACUUGGAAGCAGAAGACCUGGGUAUAGGGUGGUGGCUAGGAGGCAGCUGACUGAGUAACCUGAGGUUGCUGCUGGAUCUGGGCACACAGAUUUUCUGAUAGAGGAUCCGCUUAAUCACGGGAUACGUGGCAACACCUUCCAGAGCCAAGCACUGAGCCGCAGCCCAGCUGUUCACACUGUUACCUGCCACAGCGGGGUAGAAAAAAAGGCAUCCAGAAUGGCAGUGUAUCCUCACCACAGAGAAAACAAGAAUUUAGUUUGUACCCAUGAAGGAUGUCUGGUACCUCACUUUCCCGUGUCUCUCUCAGUCUAAAUAUCCAUCCCAUACUAUAUCACAUUUAAAUGGAUCAUAUCAAGAUUUUAAACAUAGAAUGAAUAACCAACCUGAAAAGUCAGAUUCAAUUAAGUAACGGAGCAGAACAGCAACUCUGGCCUGGCUGAGGGUAGAUAGCAUGGAGUGGGGGUUAUUUAUUGCUCCUGCCCUCCCCAUCCACCACGUCUCCCCACUCCCAGCAGGUGCAUCUCUUAGAUCUUGGUCUUAUUUCCAGCCAAGUCAUUCUGAUUGUGUUAAUCCAACAAUGCAUGUAGAUAGUACCUGUAAAUCACUGUGCAAAAAUGUGCAAGAAAUGUUUUCAGUGAUUUUUUGAUUAAUGUUCAAAAUGUAUUCAAUAUUGUUACUUCAUUUUUGAAAAUAAAAUCCUUUUGUAUA